AAUGUAAAAGUAUGUGGAGCGAAUACAAAGAAUGUGGAACGUCCAGAUGUAUAAAGAAACAGAGCUUCAAUGACGGUGUUGUGAACUGCCCUUUUUUGGAUUGUCCUGACGAGGAUGGUUGUGGCAUCGAUCUCAUAGUUGAUGACUCACUGCCGCCAGGACUGAGGACCAAGGUGACCUUGACGGCAGUCACUAGCAUCUUCUGCUCCUUCUUCCUGUUCUUGGGCUGUAUUUGGUGUUGUCGCUACUUUGAGUUGCUGUGUUGGUCCGCCAACACUCUGCUGGGGCGGGGCAGGCCUCACCCUGUAGAACUGAGCCCCAUGACACCACAAGCUACUGCCCCCCCUGCCCCCUCCCCCACACAGGGCAAGGACCUUCCUCCUGCCUAUGAGACUCUGUUCCCUGACAGAUACAAGGAAAAGAUUCAGAAAUUGGAAGUAAAUUCUUGAAGAUUUAGUGAAGGUGGAGUGUUUUUAUUUUUACAAUUUUAAAUUUAUGAAUCUUUUCAGAAUCUUUUGUUAAAACAUAAAACUAAGUACUGUGAAUCAACUUACUUGAAAUGUAUAUGUAGUAAUUGCGGUUAAAAAAUUAUUGUUUGAAAACUUUCUAAUAAUGUUAUCCAUUGUUUUUUUUUUUAAAUUUCAUUCUAUUCUGUAUUGUGUUGUAUAUUUUGUUUCUGGAGUGCCUUGUUGUGGGCUGGCUGCUAACAUUUUGUGUAUUUAGAGUGCAACAAUAAAGUGACAAAGAAAUCAUAAA